AUGAUUGCAGACUCAUCAAUUUUGAAAAAGCGUACAUCAACUAAGAGAAGCACACGAAUAGUCUCUCUAACACUCGUUUUACUCGGAAUAGUGAGCUUUUUAGUGCUUACAUGGAAUGAUUCCUUGGAAUUCUCUGAAAAUUCCACCGAUCUUAGCCAAAGCAGAAAAGAAAAUAAAGAAGAGGACAAAAAGAGGUUGAUUUAUAAAUUACCGAACUUGUUGAAGACAGUGGAUAGUCUUCUAGAAAGUAAGGAAAAUGAACUAUAUUUCCUGAAAGUCAAAGAAGAAAUUUCGCACAUUCAAAGUGAAGUUGAAGUCGAUAUACCAGCGCCUUCAUCUAUGAUUUCAUCGACAUUUUCUUCCACAUCUUCUCCAACGGACGAUAUUGUGACAAGUUCGACGACCUCAACGAUAAAUUCACAGUCAUCUUCUAUGAUCUCGCAGAAAAAGUAUGAUUACAAGAAUUUUGACCCCAAAGCGAAUUUUUUAGAUAUAAUAAAAACCUCACCAGCGGUGCUGUUCAUCAAAUCGUCACAAUCAGAUUCAAUUUUCUUGAGAAAUUUACUACAAAAAGAAUUUGAGAUUUCACCUGAAUUGGCUACUGUCGAUUUAGAGAAACACUCUCGCGGCUACGAACUAGAGAAGUACAUCAAACAAAAUAAACUAAAUAUUGAUCCUGAUAUUGCCUUGGAAUCCAUCCAUCCACCUUACCUAUUUUUGAAUGGAGUUUCCCUAAUAAAUAAUGGGAUAGAGAAAGAUAUAAUUGAACCUCAUUCAAAGGGAUCGUUACUAUCCGUUUUGAAGUCUGAAGCGCGCGGUAAUCUACUUGUGGAAAAAAAAGACAUCCCAUCUAACUCGUGA